UGGACCAAGGAAAUAAUAUUUGACCAUGUUGUCUGAAAGAAAAAUGGUUUUGUUUCAAAUUAAGAUGAAAAUUGUUUUCUUAUGAUGAAGAGAUAAAAGAGUCAUUAAAAAACAGGUUCUCAUUAUUAUGUAUGAAUCCCAACUCUGAAUGUGGCAAACGGAUAGUAGUUGAAGCAAAUUAAUGCAAAAAUAUAUAAUCAAUGCAAGAGCAAGAAAUGUCAAGUUUUCUAGCAAGUAUAUAAUGCCCUUUGGAUCUUGAUGCCAUUUGCUCAAACAGAAAAAAUAAAUAAAUAUAGGGGUCACAUACAAUUCAAAAGUUUUAUUCUUUGAAGAUGAUUAGUGAGGGAGUGAUGAGGGUAGGGGUGUUAGCAUUACUUUGCUUUUAUGUUCUUGUGGGGAGUGUGGCUUUAGCUAGAAAUGUGAAAGAUUUUGAGGAUGAGAAGUUUUCAACUAUUGGUGAGGGAGGGGGACUUGGUGGUGGUUUUGGUGCAGGUGGAGGUUUUGGCAGUGCAGGUGGUGGAGGGUAUGGUGGAGGCGGAGGAGGUGGUUAUGGUGGCGGUGGUAUAGGUGGUGGUUUUGGAAAAGGUGGUGGAAUUGGGGGUGGUGCAGGAGGCGCGGGUGGAAUAGGUGGAGGAAUUGGGGGUGGUGCGGGAGGCGGAGGAGGAAUAGGUGGAGGCAUUGGCAAAGGUGGUGGCAUUGGAGGAGGAGUUGGUGGCGGUGCAGGAGGUGGCAUUGGAGGUGGAGCUGGCAUUGGAGGAGGAGCUGGUGGUGGUGCAGGAGGCGGGGGUGGAAUAGGUGGAGGUGUUGGAGGUGGAGCUGGUGGCGGCGGAGGAAUCGGUAAAGGUGGUGGCAUCGGAGGAGGAGUUGGUGGCGGUGCAGGAGGUGGGGGUGGAAUAGGUGGAGGUGUUGGUAAAGGUGGUGGCAUUGGAGGUGGAGCGGGUGGCGGUGCAGGAGGUGGUAUUGGUGGGGGAGCUGGAGGUGGAAAAGGAGGAGGAAUUGGUGGUGGUGCUGGUGGAGGAGCCGGUGGUGGUAUAGGAGGAGGCAUCGGUGGAGGAGUUGGAGGUGGUGCAGGAGGAGGUAUUGGAAAAGGUGGUGGCAUAGGUGGAGGAGCCGGAGGUGGUGCUGGAGGCGGCUUCGGUAAAGGUGGUGGCAUAGGAGGUGGUAUUGGCAAAGGUGGCGGCAUUGGUGGAGGAGUUGGGGGUGGUGCUGGAGGUGGAAUUGGCAAAGGUGGAGGCAUUGGAGGUGGCGUAGGUGGAGGUGCCGGUGGUGGUGUAGGAGGAGGAAUUGGCAAAGGUGGUGGUAUUGGUGGUGGUGCAGGAGGAGGAGUUGGUGCUGGCAUUGGUGGAGGAGCCGGUGGUGGUGGAGGAGGAGGAGUUGGUGGUGGCGUCGGAGGAGGUGUCGGUGGUGGUGCAGGAGGAGGAGUUGGUGCUGGCAUUGGUGGAGGUGCCGGUGGUGGUGGUGGUGGUGGAGGAGGAGUUGGUGGUGGCGUCGGAGGAGGUGUCGGAGUUGGUGGUGGCGUCGGAGGAGGUGUUGGUGGUGGUGCAGGAGGAGGAGUUGGUGGUGGCAUCGGAGGUGGAGGUGGCGGUGGCGGUGGAGGUGGGGGAGGAGGAGGAGGAGUUGGUGGUGGCGUUGGCGGAGGUGUUGGUGGUGGUGUAGGAGGAGGAAUUGGCAAAGGUGGCGGCAUCGGAUUUGGUGGUGGUGGUGGCGGAGGAGGAGGAAUCGGUGGCAUUGGAGGAGGUGCCGGUGGUGGAUUUGGAGGCGGAUUUGGUGUAGGCGGUAGUUUAGGUGCAGGUAUCGGAGGUGGUGUUGGUGGUGGAAUUGGAGGAGGUUACUAAAUAUCCUCUAAUAUCAUUCAACACCAGAUUAAGCUGCUGCAAUGUUAUUAUUAUCAUUCUAUUUUCAGAAUUGUAAUUCAUUAAUAUUACAUGUAAUGAACUGAAAUUCCUACAUCAAUUCUAUUCAUUAUUAAAUGCAA